AUGCACUUCAGAGGUGGCAUGGGUAGGCCCUCUGCAGCCCCCGUCGUUUGCGCCUCCGCUGUUGCCGCUGCCGACACUGCCGCCGCGGUUGAUACCGCCGCCACCAUCGCACGAGAGGAGGAGAGAGAACCAUUUUUAACGAAAAGGUCAGAAGUGGUCAAAGAGGUAAUACCAUAUAUUACACAGUGGCUGGACGAAAGCGAUAAUAACCGAGUUAAUCUCAUUGUGGACGCCAUGUUUGGUUACGAAGGAAUUUGCAACCAAAUUUAUGAUGAAAUUAAAAUCAAAGUUAAUGUUGAGGAGGACAAAUGGCAGAUAUAUAGACGAGCAGCUCAUAAGCGCCCCUAUUAUCCUUUGUCAAAAAAAACCACCGUUAUUACAACUUGGCGCACUGGGAAAAAUAUUUAUACCAUGAUACAACUAUGUAUUUGUUAUCACGGCGAGGACCGCCCUGAGGACACGGUGGAACACACUGUAGCGGAAUGCCCUGCGUGGGCUGAGCACCGCCGUGCCCUCAGGGAAGUGAUCGGCGAUGGUGACCUCUCGCGUCCAGGCCUAGUGCAGGCCAUGAUGCAGAGCGAAGGGGACUGGGAUGCCGUCUCCUCCUUUUGCGAUGCAGUUAUGCUAGCUAAGGAGGAGGCGGGACGCGUGAGGCAGCGCUUCGCUGCCUCCUUGCAACCCAGCCAUCGCGAAGGACACACCGGGCGUCGGGGAUCGCGGGACGAUCUCCGGCCACCACAAUUCCCUAAGCAGAUAUAUGGCGUGACGAAUGAAGAAUCAAGGAUCGCACUUAAGAAACGGGAGGACAAACCUCCCCCGCCGGAUACACUUGAUGUACAAUUUUCUGUUUGGUUACGGACAAUACCAACAAAUUUAGACGAGGAGUUUAUAAGAGUAUAUAAAUUUUAUCGUUUGUAUCGAAUUGAGGUCGACUAUUCAGCGCAAUCUGGCCGCGACGACAUCAUGCAAUUCAUUAACUAUUUAAAACCGAAUCAAAUAAAAGGUUUCCCAAGACACUACAUCACACAUAAUUACCUAGACGUUUAUUCGUUUUUGACGGGCGAAAAAAGUGAUGCGAAUGAAAAUUUUGAAAUUUUACCGAAGCGACGCAGAAUUAUAGGAAGGAAAAAUGACAAAGGAAAUUGUCAAGGACACGACAUUGUUACAAGGAAAUUGUCUGAAGUACUUGAUUGGUAAAACGAGGUAUUAAUGCCAUACUCGGAAACAUUUAAUGAUUAGGUAUUGGCUAUGUGCAAAGCGAGUAGUGGCACGGCAUGGAUUUCGUGACGCAUCGUCGCACGAAAUCGCAUCGCAGACGUUCGUAAUUUCGUUUCGUGUCGUAAUUGUCUGCGUAGCGGAUUCGUAUCGCAUCGCAGUUUUGUGUACGAACC